AUGGAGAGUAAGAAAACCCCCUUCUGGCUGGCUUAUCUUACCACGGCGAUAGCAGUUGGAUACGCAACUUAUAAGUAUAUUAAGUAUAAAACCAAAUCCCCGUUGGAAAUCAAGGAAGAUGGGACUGCUUAUUACUUAGCUCAGAACUACGAAGAAGCACUUAAACAGUACACUCAUGCCUUAUCUUUAUUAGGUCCAAUUGAAUUACAACCAGAUCUAGCAGCCAAACUCUGUAACAAUAUUUCGCAAACCCACUUAGCCAUGAAGAACUAUCAAGAGGUUUUGACCUAUGCCGAACAAACUCUUAAGCUCAAUCCAUUGCACAUGAAUACCUUCAAUCGUUUGGCUAAACUUGAAAAGCUAGAUAAAGGAUACGGCGGGCUUAAAGGCCUAGCUGUCAUCACUGCCUACCUUAUUAUCAAAAAACAUGAUCUGAAUAAGCAAGCAACACCUACCAAUACUAACUCCACUCCAACUAAUUCUAGCCCAACUAACUCCAGCCCAACUAAUUCCAUUCCAACUAAUUCCAGUUGUACGCAAUACUUGAAUGAAUGGCACAAUCUUCUGGAUGUUAAAAUAGCUCAGCUAGCUAAAGAACAAGCUGCUUUAAUAUCCAGCAAAACCGAUACUCUUGUUGUUCCCUUUGUGAAACUCGAAGAGAUUCUACUGAUUUUCAAAGAAACCUUGCGCGAUCCCGCCUUUGGUGAAGCAUCAGCAGAAGAUAUACAGUUACUUACCUAUAUUGAUGGAAAGACCUAUACUGAACUUAUCAAGUCUUUAGAAAAAUCAUUAGCUACUCAACGACUGACCAAACGAAGUAGGUUUGUGAUCGGUAAUAUUCGGUUUAUUCAAGAUAGACCUGAAGAAGCAAUUAAGUUUUUGAAAAGUUCAGAUACAAUUUACGGUGAUGUUCUUUCUAUCUAUAUUCAAAAAUUCAAAAACAUUCCAGUUGAUAUGCAAGAAACCCAACUAGCAUCCUUUAUGAAAAAGAAAGACGAUCCUAUUGUGCGUAUGUAUUUGGCCCAGAUUUACUUGACUAGUGAUAAUAUGGGCCAGUACUUGGUUAAUAUCCUUGAACUAGAAAAUGAAGGUGAAAUAGUUCUACCCUUUAUUGCUAACGCCAAGUCACAAUUCUCUCUAGGCGAGCAUCAAGAAGCCAUCAAAACCAUUCAAAAAGCCCUUCGUGCCUUCCCAGAUGAUAUUAAUGCUCUUUGUGCUGCUAUUGAAUUGUAUUCCCAAAUUGAAUCAAGUAAUGUCCCAACUCUACUCCAAGAAGUCAUUGAUCGUCUUUCUCUUAAACGCUUCGCUAAUUCACCGCGGGCUUUGUUCUUCCUCUAUAUAGGACAUACUACCCUUAACAAUACUGAAGAGGCCAAUAAGUGUCUAGAAAAGGCUAUUAAUAUGGAUCCUUAUAAUGGCUCACUACUCCUCCAGAAGGCCCAAGCUACUAUUGCUAAAGGUAAUCCUGAUGGGUUCAGUCUUUUCCAAAAAGCAGCUGAACUCUCCCCCGACUUAGCUGAAGAAAUAUUCCGAGUUAUGCUAACUUAUCAAAGUAUUUAUCUUGUUCAAGAGAUCUAUCCAGAAGUCUCUGCGCUUAGUACGAGUCUAAGUGUCUCUUAG